GUGGCGUGAGGAAAGAGAAACUCCGAAUCCAGAGCUAAUUGGUGGAGCAGUGGUCGAAGUGCUCUCUCUCCUCUGCUUCUUCUUCUUCGUCGUCGUCCCUUUCGUUAUCUGCUUCAGAAACCCUAAUCUUCAAUCCCUAAAGUUGUGAUUUCUGAGAUUAUUAUGGCCAAAGCUACAAGGAGGACAAGACGCAGGAGGGUACACUCGUCGCGGCGGAUGAUCAGAGCAAGACCUUACAAGUCCCAACCUUCUAAUCGUCUUCUUGUGAAAAGAAACGUGUUUCCAGAAGACUGUUCUAAAUGUGUAGAGAAGAGGGACAGCUGGGAGAACGUUAUAUGCUCGGUCUGCAUGGAGUGUCCACACAACGCAGUGCUUCUCCUCUGCUCAUCUCACGACAAGGGAUGCCGUCCUUACAUGUGCGGCACCAGCUUCCGGUACUCCAACUGCUUGGAUCAGUACAAGAAAGCGUCUGCUAAGCUUGGGAACCUCACCUGCCCGCUUUGUAGAGGGCAGGUGAAAGGGUGGACGGUCGUGCAGACCGCGCGUGACCAUUUGAAUCUCAAGAAGAGGAUAUGCAUGCAGGAGGAGUGUGUUUUCGCUGGGACCUUCGGGGAGCUGAGGAAACACAUGAGAGUGGAGCAUCCCUGUGCGAGGCCGCCGCGCGAGGUUGAUCCUGAGGUGGAGCAGAACUGGAGGAGGCUUGAGAUCGAGCAUGACCGGGAUGAUGUUUUCAGCACGAUCAGGUCGUUGAUACCUGGCGCGACGGUGUUUGGGGAUUACGUUAUUGAAAGGAACGAUGACGAUGAUGAUGAUGGAGGCAACGGUUCUGACUCAGACGAGGGUGGUGGUGGUGGUGAUCAGUACAACGGUUCAGGGAUGAUGGAUGCUGGGUUUGGUAGGAAUUUUUUAAAUGUUAUCCUUAUGAUGCAUGCUGUUGGGGCGUCGAGGAGUCAGACAAGACGCUCUGAUUCUGAUUCGAGCGACUUGACGACGAUCAACCGUGGAACAGCAGAUGAGAUGACUUUCUCUGGAGAAGAGGAAGAGGAAGAUAGGCAGAGCACCUCUCUGGCAAGUCGGAUGAGGCGACAAGGACGGGUUCUACUAGGACGAUCGGGUAGGAGACGUAGAGAUAGAGAAGCUAACCAGAGACCCGGUCCCCCUCCUAGAUAAGAAGAGAUAUCACAAGCUCAGAAAAAAAAAUACUAAGUUUGGUUUUGGGUUUAAGGUAAGUUCUAUGGUGUGAUGGUUUAGAAUGCAAAUGUGGUUUCAACAAAGUUCAAGAAAGCAAUUGACCUGUGAACCCUUUUUUCUGCUGAAUUUGACUCAGAUUUGCUCCUGGUUGUCAAAGAAGCAGGUCUGUGCUUACGCAUUUUAAUGUAUCCUGAUGUAACUUUUCUUGUCAAAGUUUUACAUAUGUGAAUAAGCGUGGUGAUUAGUGAUGCUCAGUGAUCACACUAUUCUGCAAUCAUGAACAAUUGGAUACUCGUUUUUGUUUAUAAGUUUUAUAUGCCCUUUUACUAAGGAUCUUGAUA